AUGUCUGUCGAAGUCGCCCACCAGCCACUGGGUGUGCACUCACUCGUCAGCCCCAGCCAGGCACCUGCCCCCAACCAGCCCAUUCUUCCCUCCGACGCCCAGAAGGCUCUCAACACAUUGCUUUCGCAGGCAGGGACGAUUCAGCCGGCCACCGCACGCAGUACCGGCCAGACAGACGGAAAUGAAGCCGCGAAGGAGGCAUUUCGGCGCAUGCUGGCCUUGAAAGCUGCCGCUGGUGAGCGGCAGAAGCCACAGGCUGAGGCGGGGCCUGCCGAAGGCGCCAAAGACGGCGCCAGUGUCGCUUCCUCGGUCGUCGAGACCGCCAGCUCGGUCGACACCACCCUGCCUUCUUCAAGCACAUACGCUGAUGCCCCUGACGAUACUCAGAAUUCCGAAUCCGCCACGGCGAGCCAAGACACGCCGACCAAGCCAGUUGAGACCGAGGUGCCGGUGCCUCAGAAUUUCGUCGACUACAUUCCCUCUCACGUCACGCCCGAGGGUGCCCUGCACCAAAAGCAUGACCGGCAGGCGCUGAUCCCGAGGUUCCAGCCAGGCGCUGCCGAUGAGACACGUUCAACGCAGGGCCCCGGUAGCCAGAGACCCGACAUGCAAGAACGGGGACCCCCUCAGGUGGCUUUCCGGUCUGCCGAUCCCAUGUCAACCCAGAACGCCGACUAUACGAACGCUUCUACGGUGGCUGCCCCGACCACUCAGUCGCCCUCUGAGAACUCGCUCAAGAGACCUCGUAGCCAGCUGGGGAAGCACUGGAAGAGACUCUCUGACGGUACACGGGCGAAGAUCUCAGCGGCGCGGAAGGCCGCCAAGGGGAGCCAGAGGGACACGGCUGGCCAAUCCUCGCGCAAGGACACUGUUGCAAGCGGCGAGUCACUCAUGACCAUCAGCAAGCUGCACGAGAUGCUGGCUGAUCGAGACACCGCUUACAGCAGGAUGGCGAAGACGUUCGAGGCGAGACUCAACACAUUUGAGGAGGAGAUGACUACAAAGGUCAUGGGCUUGCAGCAGACGAUCGAUGAUCAGAAGAAGCGGCUGGUCGAGCUGGAGGGGGAGAAAGCGGCGCUCCAGAAGGAGGUUGAGGAUGUCAGGUCGGUGGCUGAUACCGCGGCCGGCAAGGAUACGGCUGAUACCACCGAUACGCGGCAGACAGAGUCGGUCUCUCCUACCGCGAGGGUACCCGCCCAUCAAGGUCCUUCCAUGCCGACUGACCGGCAAUUGCUAAGCGGCAUGACGCGCCCUGACCUGUCCUUGUACGGACACCCGCACUUCCGAGGGACCCUUGCACCACAUGCUCGUCCAAUGCUCUCUACCCUUGCGCCAUACUCCCCUUCGACGAUGCUUCCUCAAGGACCACGCUUCGGGGGCCCCAUGCUCUCAAGGCGAUACUCGAUGCCUUCUUUCCCGUCGCAGUACCGCCCCGCACCCAUCCAGCCGUUCGGUUAUGGCAGUCCUCCAGCCUUCCCGACGAUGCAGUCCAUUACUCGACAGCCCCAUCAGCCGAUUCCUGGUGUCAUGAUCGAGGGUCACUUUCAUCCUUCUGUGAUGAGCCUGGAGCCUUCUCUCAGAAGGCGCUCCGUGGGGGACAUGUCAUACCGGGGAUACCAUGAGCCGACUUUCACGGACAGUCAGUUCAUCGAGUCACUGACUGCCCCGGUGACACGAGAGCUGUCUGGUCUCAGGGAGGAUGAGCUCCACAGGACCGUCAUCGCGGAGGUGAAUGACCUUGGCAUGACCGUCAAUGGGAGGGUCAGCAGAUUUGACUUUGGGCAGGGCGUCGGAAGUGGCACUUUGAGCACCACAAAGAUCAGUCGCGCUCCGUCGCCCCGCUCAACGGUCAGCGGGUGGCCCGGGCUGACGGAAUCUCAGCUCGUCAUGUGA